CUUUCACGGUAAUGGAUUCCAUUUAAUUUUGAUAGUGAAUAUGACAAGUUUCAGAAGUUUUAGCUGGACCUAAUACCAUGGGGAAAUAUCAAGAAUAACCUAUCUUUUUUUUCCCAAUCUGAAUAAUCUUAACCUGUCAAUAUCAUUUAAUAAUGGAUGUUUCCAACAGUGUAUUUGCCCAAAAUCUCUUUUUUCAGGCAACUGCUGUUUACAAAGUAUCAUCAAUUGCCUCAAAACACGGUGUGCCUGUGAUUGCUGAUGGUGGCAUUUCGAACUCUGGUCACAUUGUGAAGGCUUUAACCUUGGGGGCCUCUACUGUAAUGAUGGGAAGCUUCUUGGCUGGAAGUAUUGAGGCUCCUGGAGCUUAUGCAUAUCAUGUAUAAUGAGUGCUUUUUAAGACUGUGUAGAAGGGUGCAAUCCUUUUUCUUUUUUAUUUUUACUUUUAUGGAGUACUUAUUUGAGAUUCUGAUUAGAUUAUAAAAGAAAUCAUUGGUUAGAUUUUGGUAGAGCUUUGUAUUCCCCUUCUCAUGAAGGACUUCAGUGGGAGCAUAUAUGGUUCUUGGAAUCUGAGUUUCUCUAUUGACUUUUAUUCUGAUGUUGAUUAUAAAAGCAAUAAAAUAUAAAGUUUGCAGCCAUGGCCAGCACUGUUUCAUAUUUUUUGUUGCUCACUAUUGAUAACACCUGUACUUGCUCUUUUCUGAAAUACUGAACUUGAUUUGCAUAGCUUUUAAAUCUUGCUGCUGGAUACACCCUUUUUAUUUAUAGAUUGAUUUUUUUUGAAAGACAAAAGUUAAUAGUGUUUUCACUUCUUCCCUAGCCUGUGUUCUUGUUUAAGUGAAAGAACUUGAUUUACAUAGCCAAUUGUAAACCUUGCAGUUGGUAGACUGUACACCUGCCCUUGUAUUUGUAAAUUGUUCUUUUUUUUUGCUGGAAAAUAAAGUUAGUGCAUAGCU